GGUAUGCGAGACAUUUAGGAUAUUUGAUCAAAGAUUUUCAAUGAUUGUAUUGCAGCUCCCGAAUAUUAAGAAAAUGGAUUGUAACAUCGGAACUGCCUUCAGAGGAGAUAUUACCGAAACAUGGAUUAAAAAUAUCGGCAUACUGUCUAGACUGUGUCUGGAAUGGCCUGGAUACGAGAACUAUUUUGAACAAAUCGAAAAGUACAAAACACAAAUAAUACAAAAAAUAAGGGAGAUUUACACUUGUAACAAAUCCUCACUGUACAACGUUUUGAAUCAUGGCGAUUGCAAUUAUAGGAACUGCAUGUAUAGAAUUGUUGACGGAAAAACACAGGACCUAAUGCUGCUCGAUUAUCAGCUUAGCUCUUGGGGCUCACCUGCAGUCGAUAUCAUCUACUCGCUGUACCAGGCAGUCAGCGUCGAAACCAGAGACAACCAUCGCGAUGAGCUGAUCAAAUUUUACUACGAUGAAUUUGCAACAGCAUUGAAGAAGUUUGACUACGGACCGAAAAUCCCUACGUUGAUAGAUCUUCGCGUUGAAAUAACCAGAAUCAUUCCUGUCUACGACAUUUUUGCCAAUGUUCUUGUUGACUCCGGAUGAAAUGGUGCCCCAAAUGGUCGAAAGCUCCGACAAAGACAUCGAGAUCGAUUUGGCCAGUGUGAAAGCUUGGGAAAAUCUAUCCGAUC